AAUUGUGCGUGAGGUUGGUAUUUGUAGUUUCCUUGGCAUGGUGUGAUAUUGCGGCAUUUUUUGCUUGCUUAAGUUAAUUCAAGGAAAAAAAAGUACGGGGGUACUUUACUUAUGAACAUUUUAUGUUGGCUGAACCAUCUGACCAUAGUGUCCUUGGAAAAUUUGAAUUCUAGUGGUCACUCUAUUUAACAUGCUUUAAGUUUUCUGUUUAUAUUAAUUUUCUGACUCUGUUGCUUUAGUGACCAUGUCAGAUGUACUUCAACUGUUAAUAAUUGAAUGUACUAUGGAAAUUGAGUAAUGCAGCAUAUCUGAUAUAUUAUUUGAUGGAAAAUGAAAUUCUCGCCUUAGUUAUAUGUACUAUUUACUAGGUAGUCCUUCAUUUUACUUCUAUGUCUUUUAGGAAUUAUUUCUUUCUAUCGAUGGCGUAUAUUAAUGUAAAUGGAAUAUAGUCAAUCUUCAGAUAUAUCUAACUGCCUUAGGAAUAAUUUUUUCUGGUCAGAACUGAUAAAAUGUUAUCUACGCCUCAGUGCGACAUGAUUUCAGUUUAGUUGCUAUUUUCUGUGAUCUGGUUGCCAACCAUCCCAUUGUACAGACAAGGCCCUGUUUUGGAAGUGGGACAAGUUUCCUGUUUGUGUUCCAACUUCCAAGCAGUGCUUAAUAUUUUUUUUGCAUUGUUUUUCUAACUAUUUGAUGAAAUAAGAAAUCAAAGAGGUUUCAUUAGCUAGUACAGAGCCUUUUUUCUUUGUCAGGAAAUUGCUAUGCCAUGAUGUUUCCUUAAUUGAAAAUAUACCUCCCGUUGUUACUUUAGUCCAGCUCCUUGUCAUCCAGAUUGAUUGUUCAAUUUGAGAUUAUGUGAUAUGCUAGAAAAUGUAAUGGAUAUCUUUGCAUCUCAUUUUGGGGAAAGAACCCUCCCCUUUCCGGACUCUCUUUAAAUCAUGCAUUUCAGUUCUCGAUUUGUUAUCUUAAAAAUGUUAAUGGAAGCUAGGAAGGAUCAUGUGGAAUUUAUGAUGAUUCUCAUUACUUUUGCUACUUAUUAUAUUUAAUAGGAAGUGUGGAAUUUAUUAAUGUCUUCUGCUCAUAAAUAAUGCGAGUUUCAAGUUAUUAACUGCACUACAUUUGCUUGGUAAGGAUUAAGGGGGUUCCUUUGUGCGCACUUAGUUGUAGGCAUGCCUACUUCAUAUCUGAUCUCCAGCUGUUGACUACAUUAUACCUUUCAAAUAUGGUAUUGAACAUGUGCAUCUGUAAAGCAUUCCCAUUUUGGUACAUGUCCACAUGUGUUGGACACAUUACAUCUUGUGCCAUACUGGGACAUAUGUGUUAAACACAUUGCUUUGCUUCUUACCUAUGUUGUUUUAGUGAGUAAUAAGGAUAAGGAUGCCAGAUGAGUAAUGCUGAGUAAUUGUCAAAAUCUUAAAGAGGGAGGGUAAGCAGAGUCUGCCACACCAUCCGCUCAUUCCCAAUCUUAACCGUGGGGACGCCUCCAGCAGAUAUAUCAAAUGUGACAACGUGUCCUUAGGAGCUUAACUAUCCUCUUGAGGGGCUUUGGGCUUAACAAUGUAUUGACGGCAAUGCUGGCGAGCCGGCAUAGCAGCCUAAGGAGCAACUGUGUCGCUGAAAAGAAACAAGGACCUGAUCUGAGUUCAGGACAGAGGGAUGGGUGUGGACAGAAAAGACAGAAAAGGUCGAUUUGGAGAAUACCCUUGUAGAUGAGAGCCAAAGACAGUCAAAAGAGUACGGAUCCACUUCUAGAUCAAAGAAUGAGAAGUAUAGUGGUAUGAUAACCGAAGGAAGUGCUAGUGAAUCUGAUGAUUAUAAUGAACCACAAGAUCCAGCUGAAGACGAAACUGACGAUGAUGAGAAUAUAUAUUUUGAUACACGAGAUUUCCUGUCAUCAAGUUCUUUUAAAAGCAGUGGAUCUGAUUUCCAAAGAUCAGAAGCUGGUUCGGAUGAUGAGGAUGAUUAUCCAAUGGAUGGUAUUGAUACCUCUAUGAAAUCCGUUGGAAUUAGUUACCCAUAUGUCAGAAGGCGUAAGAAGCUGCCAGAUCCAGUCGAGAAAGAGAAGGGUGUAAGCUUGUGGUCAAUGAUCAAGGACAAUAUAGGAAAGGAUCUAACCAAAGUUUGUCUGCCUGUUUAUUUCAAUGAACCACUCUCAUCUUUACAGAAAUGCUUUGAAGAUCUUGAGUAUUCCUACCUUAUUGAUCGCGCUUAUGAAUGGGGGAAAAGGGGCAAUAGUCUGAUGAGGAUCCUUAGUGUAGCAGCAUUUGCUGUUUCUGGCUAUGCAUCUACGGAUGGAAGAAGCUGUAAGCCCUUCAAUCCACUUCUUGGGGAGACCUAUGAAGCAGAUUAUCCAGACAAAGGCCUCCGUUUUUUCUCAGAAAAGGUUAGUCACCAUCCUAUGGUGGUUGCAUGCCAUUGUGAGGGAACUGGGUGGCGGUUUUGGGCAGAUAGCAACCUAAAAAGCAAGUUCUGGGGUCGCUCCAUUCAACUUGAUCCUGUUGGUGUGCUAACCUUGGAGUUCGAUGAUGGUGAAGUUUUCCAGUGGAGCAAGGUGACAACUUCCAUUUACAAUCUCAUAUUGGGUAAACUGUAUUGUGAUCAUUAUGGUACUAUGCGAAUACAAGGCAAUAAUGAAUAUUCGUGCAAGUUGAAGUUUAAGGAGCAGUCAAUUAUUGAUCGUAACCCACAUCAGGUACAAGGUGUUGUUCAGGACCGAAGUGGUCGAACUGUUGCUACACUCUUUGGGAAAUGGGAUGAAAGCAUGCACUAUGUGAUGGGUGAUUGCUUUGGAAAAGGCAAGGGAUCUGAAAAUUUCUCAGAGGCCCAUUUGUUGUGGAAAAGAAGCAAACCACCUAAGUUUCCCACCAGAUACAAUUUUACUCGCUUUGCAAUCACAUUAAAUGAACUUACCGCUGGAUUGAAGGAAAAACUGCCACCAACAGACUCUAGAUUGCGACCAGAUCAGCGAUGCCUAGAGAAUGGUGAGUAUGAAAGAGCAAAUGCUGAGAAGUUGAGGCUUGAACAGAGACAACGACAGGCACGGAAGAUGCAGGAGAGCGGGUGGAAACCUCGGUGGUUUGCAAAAGAUAAAGCUACCGACACAUACCGCUACCUUGGUGGUUACUGGGAAUCCAGAGAAAAGGGCAGCUGGGAAGGCUGUCCAGAUAUCUUCGGACAAGUUCCUAACGAUUUGAUGAUAACUGACUAGGCUUUGAGUAGGUUACAGGUCUUCUGGUUCUCUGCUUUUAUUCUUUCUGUGGGAUCACUUGAUUCCAGAUUUUUUAGCGGUUUAUAUUAGAGCAAUUAAACGGGUCUUGGCCUGUAAGGAGAGGCUGUGCUUCAGACAUAUUGUUUUCGUACAUAAUAAGUGAGGUUCGUCCAAAGUGUCGCUUCGAAUCAGUGUUUUCUUGUGAGGAUUGCAUGCUCACAAGUUCAGAGUGCUUUAUCAUAGGCCAUCUGUGUAUACCAGACAUGUAAAAUGUUCUGAAGCGCAAAAGAAUGAAAUUCAGCA